UUAAGUAGUAGCCAAUCGCAACGCAGGAGGCGGGAUUUGUCAGAAAACGGGUGUAGAAAUAACAGCAGCCGAGUGCUACUGUGAGUUGAGACAGAAGCAGGGUGAUGGACAGUGAGGUUCAGAGAGAUGGAAGAGUUCUGGACUUAACUGAUGAUGCUUGGAGAGAAGAUCGGUUACCUUAUGAAGACGUGACCAUUCCUCUGAGUGAACUUCCAGAAGCAGAACAGGAUAACGGCGGAUCAACUGAAUCUGUCAAGGAGCAAGAAAUGAAGUGGUCUGAUUUGGCCCUACAAAGUCUGCAUGAGAACACUCCAAACACCGGGACAUAACAUAUAAAGGAACGUUUUAUUAUUUUAUUAGUUGUUUAUUUGGACAUAUUGUGGGUUUUGCUGCUGAUGUAGCCUCUGGGAUUUUGGAAUAAAUUAUGCUGUGAAAAUG